CCCUCCAUCCUUCUUCUCUUCCUCCCUCCCUCCAUCCAUCCAUCCCUCUUCUCUUCCUUUGUCUCUCUGUCUUUUGACUUUUAUUUGAUUAUUUCUCUUUCUCAUCUUCAAUAUGGCAUCUUGUCAAAACUCAGGUUUUGACCAAUUAUGUCAGGAAGCUGCAAUUAUUACAAGGGAACUUGAACUCAAAGCUGCCAGUGCUGCACUUGAAGCAGCUACCAAGGAGGCUGAAGAAAUUCUACAAACCUUCAACCCUCCACCACUGAAAAAGAAGACCAAACAAGCCUGUAGCACUCGUGUCAGACCAGUCUCUUUUGUAGAGAGGGAUGAGUUUGGGCAUCUUGUGCCAAAACGGAGAAGGCCAAAACUCACCAAGGCAAACAUUUCCAAAUCUACAACGAUUAACAGUCCAGCUAUGUCAUCUUUGGAGUCUGGGCAAGUAGACAUUGAUCAUGGUGAAGUUCCAUCACAGCCUUCUCACACUGUUUGGCCAGCAGUUGAAGAUAUAGAAACUCUUCAUCAAGAGGUAGAGGAUCUGUUGGCUGAUACUGGAGACAUUCAGUGCUCAAAUCCGACCUCCUCAAACACAUGGUCAGUUCGCAUGGCCCAGGCUAAAAAGAAGUGGGCAGCUUUGAGGCCCGAGAUGGUGGAAUCUUUAUUAACAGCUGAGUACACAGGAGAUCAGACCCUGUACUGUGCAGACUGCGAUAUAUUGGCCCAUGAAAGGAAACUGCACAACCGAGAGACAGAUGUAGAGGGAUUCUUUCGGGCCAUAUCCCCGUCUACUUUGGUGAAGGUGGAUAUUGACGAACCAAUUCCAUUUUGA